UUCCAUUUGAUGGUCAGUAUUUUUCUAUAAUCGAACAAAUUUGGCUGAAAAAUAUUUUUUUAAAUUCCUUAGAAAAUAGUAAAACAAAUUGAUCAAAGUUCCAGUUGAAAUGUAGAGUCAUUGACGGAAAAAAAGAAUCCUCAUGCAAUGGCGGGCAAAGGAAAGCUUUUAAUUAUUAAUUGAGGAAAUGCUAAUAGAAUACUAAGAUGAAAACAGGUCAAGUUCCAGUUGGAAUGUAGAGCCAUUGAAGAAAAAGAAAAGACAUAAACAAAUCACACACGCCUUUUAUUUAAAGUUCACAAGUUAAUCACAAAUGUAAUAAAUUUAAAUUUAAUUAAAUAUGUAAAUAACAAUUAACAAAUAAAAAUUUCAUUUUUUUUUUCUUUAUUGGCGUGAUUGAGAUUUUUAAUUUCAACACUAAUUUACGUUUCAUUUAAUAAAACUUAUUAGUUAUUCAAUUUAAAAACUAUCCAUCCAUCCAACAACAGGAAAAAUCAUGCAAAGGGUACAUCGGUUUUGAAUCUGAGUGACCUUUGAGAUCUCGACUGACUCGAGUCAGAAACAAAAAUGUUUGAUAACAUACCAGUUGACAGUACUUGAUAAAAACUGAAAUAAACAACAAAGCGAAUUCAGUAGAAACUAUUCAUUUCAUUUAUUCAGACGAGUAGAAACUAACGCUUCACAUUGUUUCAAAUCUACAUUCCCAAAUUUGUCAAAAAAUGGUAUAAUAUAAUUAUUAAAAUGAUAGUUUUUAUCUACCAUAUAUCGCUUUACCUGUUAUUAGUCUACAUAUUCGCUCUGAGUUUGUUUUGCUAUGGGUUUUUCCCACUAUCAUUUUCACCCUCCACCAAAUCGAGCAUUAAAGACAUUCCAGGAUCGUUAGACAGUAUUAGACUCGAUACAGAUUCAUAUAAACCACAUAACUCGCGGGCUGUGCUCAUGGUGAUAGAUGCCCUCAGAUGUGACUUUGUUACGCAGAGAACCAACAUGCCAUUUUUGAAUAAGUUGAUUGAAGACGGGCGAGCUUGCCAAUAUCAGCUAGAGGUUCAUCCUCCAACCGUGACAAUGCCACGCAUUAAAGCGAUGACAUCGGGGGCCAUCCCCAGCUUCCUGGAUGUUAUACUCAAUCUGGGCAGUCCGCAGGUGACGCUGGAUACCUUUCUGUACCAAAUGGUGCAGCUGCAGCGUCGAAUUGUGUUCUACGGAGAUAACACCUGGACCAACAUGUUCCCGGAUUUAUUCACUAGAAAGGGGGAAAAUGUCGAUUCUUUGUACGUGAAUGAUUUCUACGAGGGCGACAGAAAUAUUACCAACAACAUGCGAUUGGAGAUCCGCAAUUACGAUUGGAAGUUGAUGAUUCUCCACUAUCUUGGUCUGGACCACAUUGGACAUGUUGAAGGACCGUUUAGUGACAAAGUACCUGGAAAACUAAAAGAAAUGGAUGGUGUCAUCGAAGAAAUUCACGAAGCUAUGAAAAUAUGGGUUUGCUUCGGUUUUAAUGACCUUUUGAAAUAUUAUCUUAUCAAAGAUGUCUUACAGGACGAGAAAUUUCAUUCGAAAUCGUUACUGGUCAUUACUGGAGACCAUGGAAUGCGUGACUCGGGAGGACAUGGUGGGUCUACUCAUCCGGAAACACACGUACCAAUUGUGAUGCUUGGAAACAAUUGUUCAGAAAGCAAUGCUGAAAACUUUCUGCAAAUCGAUUUGGCACCAACGUUUGCCGUGCUGAUGGGAGUAGCUAUUCCAUAUUCAUCUAUUGGUGCGAUGAUCGACCCGAUGUUGAAUCAUGUUCCUCCGUUGGAAAGAAUUUAUGCUACCUACUACAAUACCAAAAGAUUGAUCGAAAAGGCCUCAGUUUUCUAUGGAAAUCAACUCAAAGAACAAGACUUUUUUACACACUAUAAGGAGGCUAAAUUACUACAUUCCAUGUACUUGGAACACCAGGAUGAUUCGGAAAUACUACAAAAAGCUUUGGAUAAAUAUAGCACUGCCAGCCGAAACUUGUCUAGGAUUCUAAUAAGGAACUACAUUCUUUAUGACAUACCUAGCAUAGUAAUGGGCAUUGUAAUUUGUAUAUUGACUACUGGUUUAUCUGCUCUGCUAUGUAUAAUUCCAUAUCAACACAUACACAUUAACCUCAAUUUCAAAUUUACCAGAUGGUUGGUUUUAGUUGCUGCUGGUUUAUUUAGCAAAUACUAUCUGAAAAUUAUCAUCGGAGUAGAAUCCAAUAUUCUGCAAAAUACUUUCUUCAAUCACGCUCUCUUUGUCAUUACAUUCACAUCCAUAACGAUUCACUGGUGUCUUCUGGAUGGCGUGAUUCCUCUGUUGAACAAGAGCACCAAACUAAAGCUCCUUAAGUCACCCGGUACUCUAUUGUUAGUGGGCAGCGUUUUUCAUAUGCUAUCCUUAUCUAGCAGCUCUUUCGUCGAAGAAGAGCAUCAAACGUGGUAUUUCUUCAAUAACUCAUGGUUUCUGCUGAUCACGGUGAUCGAGUUUAGAAUAAUCAAUCGCACGAUAAGGCAUAUCAAAGAGGAAAAAGCCAACGAAGUUCUGUUGCUACAUUGCCGGCGGGAGCGAGACGAAUUUUGCAUUAGUGCCGGUUUGUUCUUCGUGGGACACAUUUUGCUACGUCGGUGGAACCAAACGGGUGAUAAAUGGCAACACAUGCCAGAUAUCGGUGAUUGGCUCGGAAAGGAGGAGAACAAAUUUUGGUUAAGUGUGAUACUAUUGUUCGGAUUAGUGUACCUUUUUCUUUACAUUAUACGUUUUUGCGGCUUUCUCACUGGUGUUUUGAGUAUGAUGGCGUGCAUGUUAGUAUAUUACUACAGAGCAAUGACUGGAAUAGUUAGUCUUUGGAAUAUAACCCCAUCGAAAACAAACAGUUGCAUCAAUAUUUUCUGGAUAAAUCUAUUGGAAAUAUUACUCAUAGGAUUGCUUCCGAAACUAUAUCGGACUGUGAUGCGCAAAUCAGAGCCAAAAACUAGUAAAAUGUUAUCUACCGUGAUCUGCCUGACGGCACUAUUGUCAGCGAUGAUUCAUAAGCCACAUAACGUAGUUCUAGUAGCAUCGAUACUGUCAACCAGUCAAUAUCUAGUCAAAAGAAUUGAUCAUAUAGCAGAGAGUAAGGCAGAAAACUCAUUACUCAAAAUUAUUACACAUGUUUGGUUAGGAAAAAUGUUCUAUUUUUAUCAGGGCAACUCUAACAAUUUGGCAACAGUUGAUCUCAAUGCAGGUUAUGUGGGAUUGAGUAGUUUCAAUUUCACUCGUGUUGGGUUGUUCCUCACGCUGAACACAUUCAACGGGCAGAUCUUAAGCUUUCUACUGCUGAUUUACCAUUUGGUUAAUGGCGUCACGCAUGAACCACCGCUUAAAUCAAUGCAAAUCGAACAAAGCGGAACAAUUGUAAAGCAGUCUUUACUGAAGCUUUUAGGGUUAGUAUUGAUGGUUCCAUUAACGUUCUACACAAUCGUAGUAGCUUUAAUGCGAAACCAUAUUUUUGUUUGGACCGUGUUUUCACCGAAAAUUAUCUACGACUGUUUUUACACUUUACUGGUCUUCAUUCAAUUUUUAAUAAUUAGUUUUAAUUUCGGAUAACACCGUUGUAUGUAAAAAAAAUAUUGACCUUCAUUAAGUCAUCAGUCUAGUCAAUGUGGUUCUAAGUAUUAUCAUCAUAGUUUUCGCCAACCUAA